UCACUUUUCCCAAACAAGAUUUUUGUUUACAUUGUUCACGCCAAUCAUUUUGCACUAUGGGUGAAUUGUUAUUCUUUCCCACUGUUUAUGGAAAAUUUUGUUGCAACUGGCCGUUUCCAGUCAACCCUGACCCCGAUCGUUCGCCAGCGGAACGGAUUCCCCUAGCAUUCAUCAAAAUUCAAGGAAAUUCGCUACACCGCUUAGCAUCCGAUGGAACGGCUAAUGAAAAUAUCAAGAAGAACCAAUUAGACAGAUGGAUCAUUAAUUUUGGCUGCCCGUUCUUGCGAAGAAUCAGCCAACACCGAACUCGAUUGUUUGCCAGUGCGACACAUUUUAGCAGAAUUCGAGAAAAAUUGAAACUUCUUUUCCUCCGCUGUACAGCAGACGGAAUUUCCGAUAUAGGAUCCCAGGAGGAAAGAAUCUUGCAAGCCAAACAACCUGAUUGUCCACGCUAGUGCCUCGAGAAAAAUUGACAACAUCAUUUUAAGAUUAUUUAGUCCUGAUAUACAAGUGAGAGAUAUCGAUUCGGAAACUAGCUAUCAGACAAGAGACUGGGAAAAAAUACGCCAAGGAGCUGCAUAAUUCGGAUGUACAAAUAAUGGAAUUUUCAAUGCCGGUCGCAUAGGUGAAUUAAUCUUCAUCUUAGCAUCACCUGCUAAUGGACAGUCAUGAACGAGUUUUUGAAACCAAGGAUGGUUUUAACAAUUGUUACAUUCUAACUGUAAUUCGUUAAACUUGAACAUUUGACGUAAAAGAUGAUUUAUUAUUUUGAAUAAACCAUGUCACUUUGUAAA